AUUUGAAAUUCAUUUCUUGUUUGAAACAGUUUGAGUUUUGAAAUUGAAAGCGGGACUCCUACCAAUGAGAAAUAAUUUUUUUAUAGAGCAUAUGUUUGAUUAAGUUUUUCUAAAUACACUUGCUCUUAUUUUAACAUAAUGUCUCAGACCAAGAGCUUGCGUAAACGCAAGGCCUUAAUACCUAAUGAAAUUUCUGUUGCUAUAAAAACUCCGAAGUCCAAACAAUAUUUAUUUACUGAAGGAACAACUUCCAGUAAUACUAAAGAAAGUGAAUAUGAAGAUGAAUAUGAACAAGUGAAAAAAUCUAAAAAGAAAAAACUGAGAAGAACUCAGAAUUGUUCUCCAUUCAUCAAUAGUAGCAAAAAUAAAUCUAAUUCAAGGGAUUCAAAUAAUGAAAAACGAAAAAUGAGUUCGUCUAACAAUUCAGACGUUGAGGUAAUUUGUGAAUCCAAGGAAAAAUUAAAAUCUAAAAAGAAAAAGAAAUUUAAAUUGCCCCUUGUGAAUCUUAAUGACCUUGAAGUUUUUGAUGAGUUAUCCGAAAACUCUAGAAGAGAUGAAUCCUGCAGAAAAAAAGAUUCUCCCAUGGAUAUAAUUGGUCGCAUAUUGCAGGUUGAAGAAGUGGCCUCUUCUAAAGGAGGAAAAUCGAAAUCUAAAAAGAAGAAAUUUGAAGUACCUCUUAUGAAUCUUGAAGAUCUUGAAGUUAUGGAUGGUAAAGCUCAAAGUAAGAAGAAUAUAUCGUUUGAUUCACUAAGCUCCGAAAUAGAAGUAAAUGAACCAAUUUCGAGGAAUUCAACUGAUGUAAAAAGAAGAUUGAGAUCAUCUAACAAUUCAAACAUUGAAGUAAUUUGUGAGCCUAAUGAAAAAGCAAAAUCCAAAAAAAAGAAAAAAGUUAAAUUGCCUGUUCGGAGUCUUGAUCUUGAAGUUAGGGAUAAUUUACCUGAAGGCAAAGAAAAUGAUUCACCAAUUGAUUCAAUUGAUUGUUUAUCACAGGAAAUUGACUCAUCUAAAAGAGAAAAAUCAAAAUCGAAAAAGAAGAAAGCCGAUGUUAAAGCCAAACAGAAAACUUCUUUGGAAAAGAAUAUAUUAUUUGAUUCACAGAGUAACAAACUAGAAGCAAAAGAAGAUAUCAAUGUAAGAAAAAAUAAUAAAAAAAGAAAAACAUCCCAACGAGAAGAAAACUCAAAAUGCUCUGAUCAAACUGGAGAAUCAGAUGGAAAUGAUAAAAAUUCAAGUAUCUCUAAAAGAAGUAGUAAAAGAAGCACUGUUUUAAAUUCUAGAUGUUCUGAUAAAGCUGAAGAAUCAGAAGAAAGCAUCAAGAUACUAAGCGUUAAGAGGACCAAUAAAACUAAGAACUCUAAAUCAAAUGAUAUAUCUGAAAAAACCGAAGAAAAUAUCAAUAUUUCACGAGUCUCUGAAAGGAGUAGUAAAAUUGGGAACUCAAGAUUUACUGAUCAAUUUGAAGAAGCAAAUGAAGGCUCAAGUGUUGACAAGCCAUUGACUAGAAAAAAUAGCAGAAUUUCAAACUCUAAAUGUACUGAUCCAACUGGAGUACCUGUUCGGUUUUCUUCUUCUUUCAAGUCAAACCUUGAGGAAGUAAGGAACUCCACAAAUGAAGACCAAACUUCAAACUUAUGUUCUGACCAUUCCAAUAAACCUGAACAAAAUGUCAUAAAUAAUGAGAAUGCAGAAGGUAUUAUUUCCAUUAAUGAAUGUUGCAAUUCAAUUAAUGUAGUUGAUUGUGAUAAAAGUGGACAAAAUGAAAUCAGGUCACGGAAUAAUUCGUUCAAGCUAUCAUUUGAAAAUGGAAUUGUCAUGUCAAAUCAAAAAAAACGAAAAAGGUGGACAAUCGACCCACUAAACACUGUAGAAGUAAAGAACGACAUAAAAAAAAUGUCCUUAAGUGUUAAUUUAGGCAAUAAGCGUGUUGCCAGAAAACGUUGGUCAACUGAAUUGAAAAAGAAGUUGGCUGAGUCCAAUAAUUAUUCAAUAAUUGAGAUCAAUGAAUCAGUAACCACCAAUGAAAUCUCAAAAAAUGGCCAUAGUAAAAAUCUAUCCAGUUCAAGUUCUUCCAGUACUUCAAGAAAAUCCAAUGUUUCAAAUCGAGAGGUCGCUGCUUCUAUUCUCGAUUCACCUCUUCCAAAUAAUACAAAUCUUAGAGAUGAUACCAUAGGUAAAACACAACAAACUAGUAAGGAUGAAAUCCUUACUAGUGAUUCAAAUACAACAAAGCACAAAGACAAUUCCCAGGAACUUUCCUUGAGACGUUCUAAAAGGUAUUCAAAAUCUCUAGAUGGAAUUUCAGUAUUAGAAGAAACAAUAAAACUUGAGAGCACAGGAGGUGCAAUGCUUGAAAAUGAUUCGAGAAAUUCUGGAAAUAGAAACCUCAAAACUCCAUGUUCCAUUUUGAAGAGACGGGGUACUUAUGAUUUGGAUGUUAGUGUUACAGAUGUGUCUGUUUUAAGAUCACUCUCAGAAAGCAAUUUAUCCAAUAAUGAAUCCAAAGAUGACAGAAAAAAAGUUAAAUUCCAGCAUGUCAAUAUAAGAAAAAAGUGUGACGGGCCAUUAACAAAAAAAUCUGAAUCACAAGUUGCAAGUGCGAAGAAACUACCUUCUAUAUUAACUGCAGCAAACAAAUCAGUAAGCUUUGAUCAGACUAUGUUUUCUGCAGUAUCAUGCCCAACGAGCACACCAUUACAUUCCUCAAAAAUGAAUAGUCUUCUGAAAAAAACUCUUACAAAAGAAAAUUUAGGAACCAUUUCCAACAAAAAAAGGAGUGUAGAGGAAGAAAAAAAUAAGGUUGUAAGACGAAUAAGAAUGCCGAACUUCACAAAAAUACAUCAGGAGAGGAUGAACAGAAUGGAAGACAUAUCACAAAUGGCUGAGAGAAAGGCAGAAAGAGCAAAACUGUUAUUAUCAGGUCUAAAACCAGCGUCACAAUCUACUUCCAUUAAUAAUAAAACACCAAAACAAGUUGAUAAAGAACAGCCUAAACAAAUUAAGUUCACGAGGAAUAAUCAGUUAGCAAGUACCUCAGCAAAAAUAGUAACAGCAAAUUCAAAUAUAAAGCACAAAGAAAAUGAGUCAAAUUUGAAAUUGCAGGAAAAAUCCAAAAAUACGAUAAGAUUUGGAUUGAUCGGGAAAUCUGGAAUUCCAAGGAAACCUCCUAUUCUAAAAACAAAAACAACACAAAUUGAUGAUAUUCUGAAAAAAUCCGAACAAAUAAAAAGUAUUGCUACAAAAUCUAAACCACAACGUGACACUAGGGAAGAUAGAAGGACAAUUCUGAAAGGUGUUAGAGGAAACAGAAGGUUUGAUUUACUGAUGAAAAUGAGAAACAAGUGAUUUAAGAACUAUGUUGUUGUGCUUGCUGCUUUUUAAUUAAUUUUAUUAAUAUGAUCAAUGAGCCAUUUUUAUUCUUCUGAUUAUGUAGAAGGGAACUCAUGAUUCAUAAUAUAAUUUUCUAAUAAAAACUUUUUGAUAAGUACUAUAUUUUAA